AUGUCCAAGCCCAGCGACCACAUCAAGCGCCCCAUGAACGCCUUCAUGGUGUGGUCCCGCGGCCAGCGGCGCAAGAUGGCCCAGGAGAACCCCAAAAUGCACAACUCGGAGAUUAGCAAGCGGCUGGGCGCGGAGUGGAAGCUGCUCUCCGAGGCGGAGAAGCGCCCCUACAUCGACGAGGCCAAGCGGCUGCGGGCGCAGCACAUGAAGGAGCAUCCCGACUACAAGUACAGACCCCGGCGCAAGCCCAAGAACCUGCUGAAAAAGGACAGGUAUGUCUUCCCUUUGCCUUACCUCGGGGAAACCGAUCCCUUAAAGGCCGCCGGGCUUCCCGUGGGGGCCACUGACUCUCUGCUGAGCUCCCCGGAGAAGGCCAGGGCUUUCCUGCCUCCCACCUCAGCACCUUACUCCUUACUUGACCCCAGCCAGUUCAGCUCCAGCGCCAUUCAGAAGAUGACUGAGGUUCCUCACACCUUAGCCACCAGCACCCUGCCCUACGCCUCCACCUUGGGAUACCAGAACGGGGCGUUCGGCAGCUUGAGCUGCCCCAGCCAACACACCCACACUCACCCCUCGCCAACUAACCCGGGCUAUGUCGUGCCAUGUAACUGUACAGCUUGGUCGGCUUCCAGUUUGCAGCCUCCAGUUGCCUACAUAUUAUUCCCGGGCAUGACCAAGACUGGGAUAGACCCCUAUUCUUCAGCACAUGCGACUGCUAUGUAA